AUGGCAGCAGCGGUUUGUGAGUUCAGUUGGUUAAGGAAUAUUCUUAAAGAUCUGGGAGUUUUGCACAACAAGGCUGCAUUGCUGUUCUGUGAUAAUAUGUCAGCCAUACAUAUCGCUAGUAAUCCCGUUUUCCAUGAGCGCACAAAACAUAUAGAGAUUGAUUGUCAUUUGGUGCGUGAUAAGGUUCAAGCUGGAGAAGUAAAGACCCUGCAUAUUGCCUCACAGGAGCAGCUAGCAGAUCUUUUGACAAAGCCAUUAGGAGGAAACAAGUUUAAAUCUCUGUUACUCAAGAUGGGAAUUUUGAAUAUCCAUUCUCCAUCUUGA